CAUUUCCGAGACAAUUAAGCAGAUAAUAAGGGAAGCUAUCAUUACUCAACACCCAAUGAUUAUUCGCAUUCAUUCUUUUUAUUACUCACUACUUUAACUGUUAAGUUCUUUUAAGGUAGUUUUCUAAUGAUAGCCAAGUGAACAAACCAGACAUCCACAACCUCUGCACUCUCGCCAAUAUAAUACACUAGAGCCCAUCUCACAGCACAGCACAAAGAUGCCUUCUCUCAUUGAGAGGAGAAAGAUCUCCAUCACUCCAAUCCAGACCUCUUCUCCAAUGGCAGAAUCGAAGGAUUCCAAAAAACCCAUCGAGAAAAAUUCUCAAAAAAGCAAGAAGAAAAGCUUUAGAAGCUUCUUCUUCUCAUGCAAAUACCAUCAAACUGCAGUUGAAGUUGAGAAGAAGAAGCAGAAGCCAUUAAAAAGGAUUGGGUGGUCUGGUUCUCUCUGCAAUUUGAGGGAGAGCUCUAAAGUUAUGCAAAGGCCAGAACCAACCAACUCCUCUGAGUCUUAUUCUUCUUCCUCUGUUUCCUCAUCGAAUAAUAAUAAUUUAUCGGCUUCGAUAAAUUCUACAUUGUCUUCAUCAUCAUCAUCAUCUUCUUCACUUGGUGGGUCUUUUAAAGGAAUGCAUUUGAGGAGAUUAUCAGGGUGUUAUGAGUGUAAUAUGGUGGUUGAUCCAGUGACUGGGAUAUCAAAGGUGCCUUCUUUGAGGAGUAAUGCAUUAUUCCCUUGCUCUGAUUGUGGAGAGAUUUUCACUAAAUCAGAGAGUUUAGAGAUUCAUCAAGCAAUUAAGCAUGCAGUAUCAGAGCUGGGACCUGAAGACAGCAGCAGAAACAUCAUCGAGAUCAUCUUCAAAUCAAGCUGGUUCAAGAAACAAGCCCCAGUUUACAAAAUGCACAGGAUCCUCAAAGUACACCAUGCUCAAAAAACCAUCACAAAGUUUGAAAAUUACCGAGAUUCAAUCAAGAACAAAGCCAACAAGCUCUCAAAGAAGCAUCAAAGAUGUAUUGCUGACGGAAAUGAGCUCCUCAGAUUCUACUGCACAUCACUCAAUUGCUCUCUCGGCCUCAAUUCAUCAACCAACCUAUGUGCUUCUAAUUCAAAAUGUGAUGUUUGCAGCAUUAUAAAAGAUGGGUUUAAGCCUGAUGAGCUCGGGAGAAUAAGAACAAUGGCCACUAGCGGGAGAGCUCAUGAUGCUGAUAAGAGAGAGAACAAAGAGAGAGCAAUGCUGGUGUGUAGAGUGAUUGCAGGGAGAGUGAAGAGGAAUGAAGAAGUGAAUUCAGAGGAGUUUGAUUCAGUUGCUGGCAGUAGUAAUGCAGGAGUUUGCUCGAGCUUGGAUGAGCUUUUUGUGUUUGAUACUAAGGCCAUUCUCCCUUGCUUUGUGGUCAUCUAUAGUAGUUUUUAGUUCAAUGGUUUGGUUUGAAUUAGAAUAGGGAUGUAUCUGACUUUGAAUUAGGAUUUGGUUUGCGAACAAGUUGUUUUCUAGCUAAGAAUGAUUGCAUGUUUUAUUUGGGUGAUCUAUACAUAUUGACUCUCUAUUUUGUUGCUAUAA